GAGUCAAAAACAGUUAAGUGGUGUAUUUUGACGGUGUCGGUUGUGUGGAAAGUUGUGUGCGCAAGUACUUUUUAAAUAACUCCCAAGUGAUACACAAGUUCACGAUGUCGGAUGAAAUCGGAGAGAAUGGAACAGCUAACGGAGACGUGCCAGAGAUCGAGCUCAUCAUUAAGGCAUCAACGAUCGACGGUCGACGGAAGGGCGCCUGUCUGUUCUGCCAAGAGUACUUCAUGGACCUAUACUUAUUAGCAGAACUCAAAACAAUCAGCCUAAAGGUGACAACAGUAGACAUGCAGAAGCCCCCGCCAGAUUUCCGCACGAACUUCGAAGCGACGCACCCGCCCAUACUGAUCGACAACGGCCUAGCGAUACUGGAGAACGAGAAAAUUGAGAGGCACAUCAUGAAGUCGGUACCGGGCGGACACAACCUAUUUGUACAGGACAAAGAAGUAGCGUCCCUGAUCGAGAACCUGUACUCGAAGCUGAAGCUGGUGCUGGUGCGCAAGGACGAGCAGAAGUCGGCCGCGCUGCGCGCGCACCUCGGCCGCAUCGACGCGCUGCUGCAGCGCCGAGAGACCAGGUUCCUAACGGGCGACACGAUGUGCUGCUUCGACUGCGAGCUGAUGCCGCGGCUGCAGCACAUCCGCGUCGCCGGGAAAUACUUCGUCGACUUCGAGAUACCGAAAAGCUUCCGAGCGCUGUGGCGCUACAUGUACCACAUGUACCAGCUCGACGCCUUCACGCAGAGCUGCCCGGCCGACCAGGACAUCAUCAACCACUACAAGCUGCAGCAGUUGUCAGCGAAAGGUCUGGGUCUAUCGCCGUCGCCGGCACGGCUCAACGGCCAGGACUCGGCGUUGAAAAUGAAGAAACACGAGGAACUGGAGACGCCCACGUUCACCACCUCCAUCCCGAUCGACGUUAACGACCUCAAUAACACCGAGUAACAUUUAUUUUUUUAAUUUUGUGUUGGAGCGAAUAUGAGCCUUGGUACAACAGUUAUUAGGCGCGAAUUCGAUUGUUGAUAUCCACCGUUUUGAAAUUAAGCUCACGAUUUUAUAUUGUUGGUAAAAUUGCAUUUAGAAUGGCGCCAAUCUCGACUAUCGGCUGUAUUUCACCAUGCUUGCCAACGUUAAUUUAAAUAUAUUUUUAAACCGAUUUUAAAUGACUACUUGAAUGGGAAAAUGAAAAUCGUUGACAGCAUCUGUACUUUCGUGUUCUCCUGCAAGUCGAAGACGUAACACUUCAGCCAAUCACGAUGCAGCACUUAAAGUCCCAAGUUCUGAUUGGUUGAAGAGAUGUUAAGUGUAAAAUUUGUCAUACAUGUUCUAGUUGCUGAAGAAACACUUAUGAUAGAUAUUAUAAAAUUAUAGUUUUGGUACGAGGAUUUUGAUGUCUGUAGAAAAUAAAGUUUUUAAGUACAUUGUUUUUAAUAUGUUAACUUCUAAUAUAUGAAUAUGAUGGUGCAAUCAAAAUUGUUAGUGGUUAUUAUAAUGUAUGAUUUUGGUGAGUCAAACAAUUGUUUUAAGCUAACUACACAGAAAGUGAAGGACUAGUUACUAAUGUCUAUUUAUUUACGGUUCAAGUGAUUUUCGAAAUUGUCUAUUAAACGCGAAAUUAUUGAAAUGCAUGCAAUUACAGAGUAUUGUAUCCAUAACUGAAAGAACACAGAAUUGUCAGCAUAGUCCAGAUAUGAGUUUCCGCCCGGGCGUAACCCGUAAUAUUUGUUUUUGUCCCGGCGUUAACCCAUCUCUUGCUAUGUCGAAUUGUCGUUAUUGAAUGCACACUAGAACUGACAGUGGCCGUGAUAUGUCUGGUUAGAGCUGCUCUGUUAUAGGUGUUUAUGUAUGUUUUUUUUAAUGUUUUAUUUAUUUAACUGAAAUGAUAUCGGAGUUCGGCAGAGGUGCUGAAUCAUUUACAGUAAAGUUCGCCCCUCAUAGUUUUGUUAACCCUGACAAAUCGUGUCUAACCACAAGUACCUUGAAGUUAACGGAUAAUGGUACAUGUCAUAAGUAAGUUAGUAUAGUUUCAGCGUUCAAACAACGAAUAGGCGUGCAGAAUUGUUUUUGUAUUAUAAAUAUUCACAAUAGGUGUAAGAUCGGUUUACAGUAUUCAUUUAUUUUGUUAUUUUUGGACUAUCCUAGUUUAGUAGUAGGUUAUACGAAAAAAUCUUCGCCGCCAUUUUUAUUUUAAUGCCUCUGCCUUUUACGUUGUUCCGCAUCAAUUUCGGCUUAGCCGAUGUUAUUUGUUGACAGCAAUUAGCGACAUUGUGUCGUUCUUGCCCGCCCUAAUGUUACCUUCGAAGGGAAAUAUAAUUGUUAUACAUUUUAAGUACUUACUUUUACUGUUAAUGAUUUUUGUGUCCGCGUUGAUGUAAUACUUAAUUUAUGUUUGUGACACUGAGUAGGAUGUUAGGAAGUGAGGCUUUAAGAUGGACCACCUAUUUAUUUAGUAGAAGUUUUUAAUUUCACAUGUUUGCCAGUAUAUAUUUUUAUUAUUAUUUGUAAUAAUAUGAGGAAAAUAUAUGAAGCAAACGUUAAUGACAAACAUAGUACACACACAGACAAGGGCGAGACACAAUCAGCAUGUCAGGAGGACAAUGUAUAAAAUAUUAAUACUAGACAUACUAGAUUAUAAUGUAAAUGUUAAGGAAUAAAGCUGGAUAAAUAUUAUUUUUUC